AUGAAACUCACGGACUCCCAGAGGAAGGCCGUCAGGAAGGCCGGCCAGGCGGCGUACCGUGCUGCCAGACGCAGCAGCCUUCUCCGCCCCUACUCCUACAGAACGCCCUUAAUCAGAAAGGGGGAGGCGGGGCUCCCCUCCCUGGCGGCUCCGGAGGACCCACCCCCACACCAGACGACGAGGGGAUCCUCCCUGACGCCCCACAAGCCCCGGCGGACAGGGUGUCGGAGCCCCACCGCCGCCCCACUUCACCGGGCUCACACCGAGCCCCCCACCAGCAGCCUGCCCGCCCGGUCCUCCGACCGGUCCUCGGUGCGGCUGAUCAAGGAGACCUCCGAGAUCUUAAUCAAGAAGUGCUGCGAUUUUCCCCAGCUUGUCAACUUCCUAAGCUUCGGGUCUCGCCUGUGGGAGAAAUGCGCGGCCUCGGCCCUCUUGCUCCUGGACACCUUCUGGGAGAGUGAGACUACGCACUUCCUCCUCGAGGAGUGGGCAUCACUACGACAGGAGAAGGAGGCAGAGCUCUCCAGAAAGACCAGGGUCGGGAUCAGAGGCUCGAUCGGCGGCUUGAGCACUGGGGCUCCCGCUAAUCGGAGUUAUGUUGACAAGUGUUUGGUCAACGAAGAAUUCCAGACGUUCAAUCCGUCAGCACAACUCCCUCGGAACAACCUUUCCCUCUUUUCUUCUGCUUCCACGCCGACACCCAGCUCGUCGGAGUCGGUGUCGGGGCUAGAAAUCCACAUCCCCGGGGUCGUACGAGAGUGA